AUGCCAAACAACAACAAGACCAUAAACAGGUCUCUUUUCAUUGCGAAGUUUCUUCUUCACUGGCAGCUCCUUCUUCUUCUCUUCUUCAUUCUUGUUGAAUGUUUACAUGCGGCACUUCCUCCCAGUGGCACUCUUCACUUGCGAACACAAGCUUCUCAAUUUCCAACUUCUUUCAAACACAUUUCUGGAAGUGAUGGUGUAUUGUAUACCAUUGUUCAACCAUUAUUAGCUGAUUGUUUGUCAAGUGGUUAUCAAUUGUAUGAAGUCACGAAUGCUGCUGGUUCAAAAUCACUCUAUGUGUCAUGUUACGAUGCCACUAAUCAUGUGCCAAGAUUUACCAUAAAUGUGCUUUCUUAUUCCGAGUUAAUUCAGAACAAUGCCAAACGUCCUGAUCAAGAUCCAUGGUUUACGGUAGACUCGAGUGAUUCCACAACCGGAAAAACCUAUGACAAUCCUUAUGAUCGUGGACAUUUAGUCGCAAAUAAUGAUUUCAGAAGUGAAGAAGAAAAGAAAUUGACAUUUAUUGUGAUUAAUCGAGCACCUCAGUUGGCAGCCACAAAUCGAGGAAUUUGGAGACAUAUUGAAUACAGUUUGAGAGAUGCAUUGACUCAAAUUGGAGAACAAGUGCCAACAUUGAAAGCGCUUGUCAUUACUCGAUUGUUAUUUGAAACAUCAACUACUCCAAGACGAGCUGAAUUUUCAGUCAGUUCAUUGUAUUCACAAGUUCCAAUUUCGUAUAAUAAGGUAGCUAUUGUGUAUGAUAAUUCUAAAAUUCGAGAAGUGGUCACCAUGUCAGCAAGUAAUACAGAUGUGACCACACUCGACCAAUUACCAAAUAUAGUGAAAUCAUGGUCAUCCUUAGGUUCUUCAAAUCCAUUGAAAACCAACAUUCAAGUCACCAAUGUUGGAACCAGAUCAGACGUUACCACAACACUAGAUACCAAAGUCAAGAAUUUCAAAACCUUUGUGGAUCAAUGUUCUGCCAUGAAAAUUCCAAAAACUGCCUAUUUCUUAAUCGAUCGAGACACGACUCAACGCAAAUGGAAAGUUCAAGUGAAGAAUUUUUCACCCUGUAAUCACUUGUGUUCCUUCACCAUGAAUCAAUACAUCUUUGUUCAGAGCUUUUUCGAAAGAGAUGCCACUACUCAAUUUCAUAUGGAUGUGGGACUUCGAUCGUUAUUCAUAGAUGGAGUUAAGGAUCAAACCACACGAGAUUUUGCAUUCUACUUACCACACGAUCAAUCUAUUUCAGAAUUAUCAAGCAUGUCCACAAUUGAAGGAAUUUUCACAUACACGUGUGAAGACAAGAGAAAAUUCACAGGAGCCAAACAUGAAUUCCAAAAUUUGGGAACUCGAACCACCAUCAAGGAACAACGUUUGGUUUCGUAUGGAGGAGUCAUUGCCAAGAAACCUCGUAGAAAUCGUGAUUAUCUUGCUGCCACUCGUCGUCGAACGAAACCAGAACUUUCAGCCAGUGAUUUGAAAGCCCUUCUCACGAAAGAAUAUCCUCCUUCAACAUUGAGUCGUUCUGCUUCAACUUCAUCCUCAUCUUCAUCAUCAUCCUCAACAACAACAACAGUUGCUACACCUGUGACAUUUACAUACACGACCUUUGAUGUGAAUCAUUUGACUCAAUUUACGGUUCCUCCUGUUUCUCGUGGAAGAACACGUGAAAGAAAUUCUCAAACUUCUCAAACCUCUUCUUCCACACGAUCAAGGUCCAAAGAUAAUAAUCAACAACAAAAACAUUCUUCUUCAGUAGUGCAACAACUUAGAGGAACAUCUCCAAUGAUCAUUUCAAGAUCUCCCUCACCUUCAUCAAGAAGAAACAAUCCAUCUCCACCUCCUACGCGUCGUGGAAGAACCUCUUCUCGGAGUAAAUCUCCUGAAAGAAGAUCAAGUCCUUCACCAUCAUCGUCAUCAUCCUACAAGAGAGAUCGAAGUAGAGAUCACAAAAAUUCUUCAUCACGUGUUGUGAGCAAGUCGAAUUCAAAAACAAGUGCAUCCUCUUCUACGAGUAGUAGUAGUAGUGCAUCAUCCAAACUAUCCAGCGGUGAAUUGGUUGUUAAAAUUGAAGAACAAAAAACGUUGUAA